UACCAAUUCCAUACAAUCUUCGCAACAUAGACAUCUAGCUAAGCUUAUCCUCUCGUCUUAUCACAUCAUGGCCAUGCUUAGAGCUUUCAGCACAAGAAGAAACCGUGAUGGCUAUGAAAGGUUACUUGUUGAAACCGAAGUUGAGGAGCCUGUAAUUUCCAGCAAUGGUCAAUUCGAAGCACAGUUGAAGAGAGCUAGAAGUGUGCCAGCUCGAGUUUUUGGCUUAUCCAGAAAGUUUAACGGCCCCGAACUGGGGUUGCCGGAGAAGUGUCAAGAGAAAUCUUCGACAACGACCAACUCCAACAAAAAGGGCGGCAAGUCCAAGACUAUUCACCCACUUUUCAGCCUAUUUGAUGGUCGUCGUAAGAAGAAAACUACAGCUAAACCAGAGUUUGCUAGGUAUAUUGAGUAUCUCAAAGAAGGAGGGAUGUGGGACAUGAAUGCUAAUACGCCCGUCAUUCACUACAAAUGAAGCUCUGUUUUGGGGAUAAUAAAAUCCCAGAACUCGUAAACAUAUUGUUUUUUUCUUCUUUUUUUGAGAUUAUUUAAAUCUCUGCAAGCAAAUAUAUAGAUUGGAUCUUAGCUAGUAUUGAUAAUUUUUCAUUAGUUCAUUAAUAGUUCUUUUGAUGUUCCAAAA